GGAUGAAACUCUACGCCCCGUUUUAGUUGUGCUCGGCCGUUUGACGUCAGGUGAAGGGCAGACAAUCUGAUCUCUGUGCACGAUGAAGAUCGAAACGGGCAUCUUAGCGAUCGUCUUUACUGUGGUGUUUUUGCUGACAGUGUGCCAGGGUCAAGUUACUGGAAGCGAGCCCGAAGAGGAACCGGAACCGAUCGUGUGUAACGAUCCGAACGAAACGUACGAUGAUUGUGGUCCGGUGUGUGGCGAUCGUACCUGCGCUAACCAGCGCAAAAAUGAUGUGAGCUGCAGGCGUGCCUGUAUUGAAGGCUGUUUCUGCAAGGGUGGGUACGUGCGCAACAAGUCGAGAAGGUGCGUCCCAUCUUACAUGUGCUCCACGAUGGGCUAGGCCAAUGCACUUUUACGUUAUCCUGUGAGAGGAAAAAUAAAUUUGAAUAAAACUGAUCGUGAAGUAUAGAUUGUGAUUAUGCCA